CCUGUUCCCCCUUAGCAAUAACCUGCUAUGCUGUGCUCGAAGUAGCUGGAUGCUGCUUACGUUAAAUCUGCUGGUCGACUGAAACAGAAGGUUGCAGAGACUGCAUCUGAGCUGCUGAAAAUGGACAUUAGGAGAAAGAGCCCACUUCUCUGUGGACACAGCGCUGUGUAAGACAGUGUUUGCUGGAACUGCCUGAGAGCGUAUGUGGCGUGGGAUCUGAGCAGGCAAUGCUGUGGGGUUGAUCGGCACGGUAACCAAGCUCCGUGCGUCUCCCUUGCUGGUUGGAAGACGCAGUGAGGCAGCUAGAGACAGCGACGGCAGCAGCACAGAAGACGGCUGUGUGUCCGAGCGACCAAUACACAGAGAAGCGCUCUAUGACACACACUCCCUGCUCCUUCUGUUGCUGCCUGCGUGUGCCUCCAGCCAUCUCCUUCCAGCUCGCCCAGGGCUGAGACCUAAGAAGCAGGCGGAGACUGAGAGAGAGCAGUUCUAGUAGGAAAGAGGAACUUCAAACAAAGCUUUGCUCCUGGAGACCUGCCUUUUCUUUUUCCACUGCUGUUGCAGGAGGGAAAGAGGGGUGAUUAUUUGGCUUAUCCUGAUCAUCCCGCAUCCUCCGGGCCAGGAUGCAGGUCUCGUUUGUGUGCACAGACCACCGGUCCAUGAGCCGCAGCACGGACGACAGGCUGAACAGGCAGAAUGCCAACAGCCCAAACACAGGCACCCGGAGCAAGUUCAGAGCUGUGGCCAUGGUGGCGCGGAGCCUCGGGCAGCUGUCUGUGCAGAGCGUGCCCUCCUCCAGUGACCAGAGCAUGAGGACGGGCAUGAAGUAUAGAAACCUUGGGAAGUCUGGACUAAGAGUGUCAUGUCUUGGUCUAGGAACAUGGGUGACAUUUGGUGGUCAGAUCACAGAUGAAAUGGCCGAACAGCUGAUGACUCUGGCUUACGAGAAUGGGAUCAAUCUGUUCGACACGGCUGAAGUCUACGCUGCAGGAAAGGCCGAGGUGGUGUUGGGCAACAUCAUAAAGAAGAAAGGAUGGAGACGUUCCAGUUUAGUGAUCACUACAAAAAUCUUUUGGGGUGGAAAGGCCGAGACUGAAAGAGGACUGUCCAGGAAGCAUAUUAUUGAAGGUUUAAAAGCCUCAUUGGAGAGACUGCAGUUGGAGUACGUGGACGUGGUGUUCGCAAACAGACCAGACCCCAAUACCCCCAUGGAAGAGACGGUGCGAGCAAUGACCCAUGUGAUCAAUCAAGGAAUGGCUAUGUACUGGGGGACGUCACGCUGGAGCCCCAUGGAGAUAAUGGAAGCGUACUCUGUAGCGCGGCAGUUUAACCAGAUCCCCCCCAUCUGUGAGCAGGCUGAGUAUCACAUGUUCCAGAGAGAGAAGGUGGAAGUGCAGCUGCCUGAGCUCUUCCACAAGAUCGGCGUAGGGGCAAUGACAUGGUCCCCCCUCGCAUGUGGGAUCAUCUCAGGGAAAUACGACAGUGGGGUGCCUCCAUACUCCCGUGCAUCUCUCAAGGGCUACCAGUGGUUGAAGGACAAGAUCUUGAGUGAGGAGGGCCGGCGACAGCAGGCGAAGCUGAAAGAGCUGCAGGCAAUCGCAGAGCGGCUGGGCUGCACACUGCCACAGCUAGCCAUCGCAUGGUGCCUGAGGAAUGAAGGCGUCAGCUCUGUGCUGUUAGGGGCCUCCAACACAGAUCAGCUCAUGGAGAAUAUAGGCGCAAUACAGGUCCUUCCAAAGUUAUCCUCCUCCAUUGUGCAUGAGGUGGACAGCAUACUGGGGAACAAGCCUUACAGUAAAAAGGACUACCGCUCCUAGUGCGUGGGGCGGCUGAGGGCUCGCCCUGCACCGAUCUUUGCCUGUUCCUCCGUUUGCUUGAGCUUUUACUGAAUGAGUAAGCAGCGCAUGAAACUGGCAGGCACCCCAGCCCUGGAGGGGAAAGCCUUUUAGAAACAUACAGGGCGAGACAAACACAAAAGCAACCCCCCCCCCCCCAAAAAAAAAAAAAAAAGAGGAAACAAAAAUAUCUAGACAGUAAGUCGUAAUUAUAAUUACAGAGAAAAGGGGAACCUGCUGGGUUUAUGCAUUCUGAUUUAACUGUUAUACAUUAAACUCUGCCGGAAAAAAAGGAAAUUAAUAUGGAAUAAAACUAAAGAUAACAUGGAAAAAAGAGAACAAAAUAACACAUGCUUGCUUGGCUGUUGGAAAUACUUGGUUUUCCUCUUUGCAACUUUUUAAUAUUGAAUGCAUAUAGAAACAAAAUGGAGCUUCAGUUACUCUUGGUAAUCAUCAUUUGUUGCACAUCUUCCAUAGCCACUCGUAAGGUCUGUUAGUUCAUUUGCGAACACCAGUCACGUUAUCAAAACUUUCUCCUCUGAAAUCCUUCAUUGUCUCACCUGCACAAGGAUUGCACGUGCCCUUUUGCAGAUUGGCCAGUCAGUACUUUAGAACAUCUGAAGGAGUGGCUGGGGGAGCGGAGGAGUUGCUGAUGCCUAACGUGAGGACAGAGAGGGAAAAAAUACCAUCUGUUGUCUAAUAUUUUUUGUUUGUUUGUUUGUUUUGUUUUGCUCUUCAUUGCUCGAUUCAGGGCACUUUUUUUAGUGUCUGGUCCCUACUAACUGGCCUGCAGCAAAGUUCAGCCUCCAGAGAUCAGCAGGGCUUUGCCAAGGUAGCCAUGUUAAGAUCGGGUGUUACUGUGGACAGUGGCUGCUUUUAGAUCUGUUUUAAUCAACAGUAGGAGGCUCGAGGUCUGUUCAGUGAGUUCUGGCCCACUCCUAGCACACACAUCACCCUGUGCUUAUGCCUUUGGUGAGCCCUCACUGAGAAAUGCAUUGGGUGGAGUCCCUCAUGUUAAGUUACUUAAUUAUUAUUUGAGCCUCCUUAUGGCACUAUUCAGUCACUUUGCAUUUGGCAAUCUGAUGAAAUUCCCUCGACAUUUCAACAAAAAAAAAAAAAAAAAAAAAAAAAAAAAAAAACUAUAAGUAUGAGAUCUGUUGUAUAUGUACAGAGAAUCAUAGCAGCACUGCAAUUUGUAUCUCCUGUGCCGUGUAAGAGCACAGACGUGUAUUGCCAGAUGUUCUGGGCCCAUAAACACAAGACUGUUUCAUGUCAUUAGUUUACCUGCCCUAUAGGAGCAUAGACUGGUUCGUGUCAGCAGCUCAGGGACUGCAGCUGCAUGUGUGCAUGCGUGAUUGAGUGGCCCUUUGUGUGUGAGUGAGAUGCAGAGCAUGCAUUGUUUUUGCAAAGACAGGCAGAACACGCCAUCUAAAUGUCUCACCUGGACACUCAACAUUACUAUAAAAAGAACAGUGACAUUACAUGUGGCUAAAGCCAAAGAUUUAAUCCCACUUUCGUCUGCAUCGUCUCGCUGCGUCUCUGCACUCCGGAGGUGAAAAGACCCCUGAACAGCAUGUACUUUCUGGCUUUUAUGUAUUCUAUGCCAUCUCGCCUUUCACUUGUAUAUCCUGUCUGCUGAAGCUCUCUAGCAAAAUAAACACACAUAUACAUAGCCAUGUUAUAUGUUGUGUAUAGGGAGGAGUCAUUAGAAUUGUGUUAUAUGGAUGUCAGGCUCAUUAUCUAGCAGUGAGCUCAGAUUGAGGGGAAGAUGACUGUGACCCAUGCAUUCCUAUUCUCUCAAACUUUCCUGAAGUGAGUACAAGGGAAGUGCAUGAUGUCCAUUCUUACAAUGCAUGUUCCACACUUAAAGAGGAGGAAUUGGCUCAUCAUUUUAGGAUUUUUAUUGGUAUUAUGUCAGUAAUGAAUUUACACCGACGUUCCUACUCAUAUGGGAUUUGCACAGACAUUGUUGUAUUUACGUUCAUAGAUGUUGCUGGAUAUUUUUAUGAAUUGGGUUAAGCUUGAACAGUUCAGGUUCACGUCUUGCUGGAGAAAAGCUACUUUCACCAAAAAAGAGAAACCUGUGUCAUAUCAGGGGUGUGUUCCAUUCUGUUUAAACCACUCUGUUUCUCAGCAUUCAUAUAGGGGCAAGUACAGGUUACAUUUUGCAAACGCCCAGUGUAGAUCUUUGUAAAGUUCCAUUCUUGGAUGUCAAUAUGUCAAUAAAUAAGGAAAUGCUUGGAAAUGUAAUGCUUGUCAUCUCUUCAAGAUCUGAGUAGUGAGGGGGCUGUUACAGCACAUUUGGAGCAAUUUUUAUUACAAUAUAUGCUACCAAUUCAGUAAUUCAUAUUUUCUGAACAAUUUGCACUUUUAUCAGAUAUCAGUGUUAUAUUAAUCAGAUAUUCUGAUCCCUUUUAUCAGAAAAUGCAUGUGGUGUUUAUUACCAAAAACAUGUUGCAUACCUUUUGAGUGGUUCAUAAUUAAUCACGCAUGCUAAACUAAUUCUAUUUAAUGGCAAAUAUUAAUCACAGAAUUAAAUGAAAUCAACAUCCAAUUCAGUGACUAAAAAUUAAUUGUAGUCUAACACUUAUACUAAUUGCUUUCUUUUACUAAUGGUUUGGUGAAGUGCCAUCAUUAAAGGAGGUACUUGCAGUGGUGUGCUCCAUACAUAGGUUCAGUAUGCUGCUAUAUUUGAGUUAAAGCUAAAUCAAGUUACAGGCAGAAAAUGCUGAAACACUGAGAGCAGAUAUUCCUGUGCUGGCUUUGAACUGAAUCCUACUGUAAUUUGUGGAGACCCUCUGUUGCCCUGUGUCCUUUAUAUUACUGUUUUUAUCAUAGCCUGUGUCACCCUGUUUCUUUGCAAGAGAUCCUCUCAGGAAAAAGGCCAUUACUGUUUGUUGUCUGCAGUGAAAAAUUAGUCCCAUUGCAAGAUGUUGUAGUGUGUUAGCUACCACAUUCGGUCAUGAGUUAAUUAUGCAUUUGAAAAUAUCAGUGUGAUCUGGCUGUGAGGUGAACACAUGGAGCUUGCUGUUGAUUCAUUCACUAGGCAAGUAUAGUGUUGGUGGUAUUCCUAUCUAAAAUGAGACCAGUAUUUAACUAUAGCAGUAAUUAAAUGUUUCUUUUUUUCAGUUAUUAUACCAGGAACGAUGAGAGCAUGUCUUAUUUCUCUUGCCAGUGUCACUUCUGGUAUGUUAAUAUGCAUCACAGCCACAGUGUAACAGAAGGUGGGAUUAAGUGCUGAUUCCCUAAAUAUAUCAAAUCUGACCUCUAGAUAUGGGAGUGGGUGCUUAUUUCACAGUAUCAUCUUUUAUUUCCCAAAAGUUUAUAUUUCAGUAUUUACAAAGGUUACGGGUGAACAAAAUUAUUUUUUUCCAAUCUUUGUUACCUUGAAUUGAUAUUGAUGGUGGUGGUGAUGAGGACAAUGAGCAGUCAUUUGCACUGAAGAACUGUAAAAGCUUGUUUCCACCCUGUGUGGAGAGAUGCUGUAUGUUGAGACAGAUAUUUGUUUAUAGUUUGACCUUUGUACAUAUAUACAUAUAAAUGGUUGUGGUCACUUUGGCUUUUUUUUUUCCUUUCAUUGACAGGCAUUGCUAACUGCAUUGUGCUUGAAUCUGAAUUUAGAUAUGUACAGCUUCAGUAUGUAUGAAAUGGAGAUUACAAAAAUGAUGACAAUGAAAAUCUGCCAUCUUGUC